UUAUCGAUCGAGAUUAGCCGCUCGAUUCUAUACUAGGUAAAGACAAGUGACGAAUAUACCAUACAUUAGUCUCGGUCGUUCGACGGAUGUUUGCGUCUCGCGAACUGGAUUACCGACCUCGGUCGAUGAUGAUGCACUUUGAAGCGCGCACUCUCUUUUUAAGAACGGUGACUUUGGAAACUCUAUUCGUCCGGAACAUCAAAGUCGAUAAGGUUAGCGUAAUCGAUCAUUUCGUUCUCUGACGUUUAACGCGCGAACCGAACAUUUAAAUCGAAAGAGAAUACGUGUCGCCGUAUAAGUAAGCACAACCGGCCGUGGUGUACGAAAAGAUGGUAAUCUAACCGCCGACCGUCCAAACUUACAGUCGUAAAAUAAUAAAUAACGUAUUAUGGAGUGAAUUUUGCUAACGUAAAGUAGGCGAUAUACACGUGAGAGGCUCGAUUACGUCUACCGGAUUUCGUUUCGUCGUCGAGCGACGGGGCUGCGUUCGGGCACAUGCAUCUUUUCGUUUGCAGUGGGCAUCAACGAGGGAGUUGAUUUCGUAAAUUCUUACAGGAGGAUCGGUCGGUCGUCGAUCGAAAACUGGCAACGGAUAGAAUAUCGAAUGGCCACGGCCGCGCAGAACAAGUAGAGCGCGGCAUGGCACGGCAUCAGGGUGAGAAAACGAGUUACUAAUCGCGAGUCUCUCGUUGGGUUGGGGCAAAAUGCGCAAACGCGAUAGGGCGGCGGGUAGGUAUAGGGAUAGGCAUUUGCAGCGGCAGCGUUUGGGGAUGGUUCAGGGGUGGGUUGUCAGUUUGCCGGAUGGCCGUGUGAGAGCGCUGCCGCGCAAGACCAACCCUCUAUUCGCGCUGCAUCCGGCGAACGCGACUGUUUGCUCGCGAACCGUUGGACCCUCGACAGCGAAUCGUUCGUUUCGUUUCGUUUCGUUUCGUUUCGUUUAGUUUGGUUUCGUUUAGUUUGGUUUCGGUUCGGUUCGGUUCGGUUCGGUUCGGUUCGGUUGAUCGCGUCGCGUCGCGUAGGCUGGUAGCGAUUCGCUGCCGUCCAUCGCGUGUCGUAUCGUUUCCUCGGGUUCUCGUUGGAGGUUUUCGCGCUCGCAGCCGCGAACGUGCCACGGCAGACGAGGCGAAAACUCACCGCUCACCACCUAUCUCUAUCGACCGCCGUCACUGACCGCUCCGUCUUUUGCUCUUUCUCCACACCUUUCGACCUCUGGCUGGCCUUCUCUUUCUCCUCUUGCCUCGUCCUUUGGAUCUGGUUCGCUGUCGGUUCAUCUCGAUCCUCGGCUUGCCGUGUCCCUCGAUCUCUUCCCCACCCUCCGUGACCCCGCGCAGUUUUGCGUAAACGCGAGCGUAAACGCGAACGCGAACGCGAACGUGAAUUGGACAAAGAGGAACGCGAUACUUCGCGUGGCUCCUGGCGAGCACCCGACGCCGACGGUUAAUUAACGAACAAGGAAAGAAAGAGUCACCCAGCCACCGAGUAUUCUCGCGGAUUGAAGAGUGUGUGGUGUAUUCUUUGUGGAUGCUGUCGUGAGGACCGGUAGCUGGUUUGCGAUGGGGGUGGCAACCAGUUUAUCGGACGUGCUCGCUGCGAAAAGUCCACCGGGAAGAUAAUGCGGAUAAAUGGCCCGGAGGAGAGUAACAGAGGACGGUAACGGAGGAUUACGCGCUGUCGGAUCCAGUGCCGAGAUCGUCGGUUGCUUCGCGAAGCAACGAUCGACGGCGAAGAAGAGCACGCGAUGAGAAUCGACGACAGAAUUAACGAUCGAUACCGUCGAGUUAGCGAGGCUUCUUCCGAUCGUCAGAAAAUCAAACGUCGUAACGCGACAAAUGGCAAAUAAACAUUGUUUGUUACGCUUUUCAAAGUUUAGGCACGUUCCGUUGCCAGUUGGUUGAAUGUGUCGUGCACGCAAAGCCGCGCACGAAAUCUUCCUUGUUAACGACAUAGAUGUACAUGUAUAUCUUUUCGUAAAAUUAUUCACGCGUCUCGGAGAGUUGUCCGAAACCCGCUCGAUCUCGUCGCGACUCGAGCCAACAGAUACAAAGAGUGUUGGGAUUUCAAGUAUAACGCUAUUAUAACACGACAGUAACAAUGUUUGUUGGUAAAUAAUAACUGAAACGGCCGCGAAUAAUCGCGUCGUAGCGCGUUGAUUCGUGCAAGCACGUUCGAAAACGCGAGCGAAUCGUAGUUGUAACGAACAACAAGGAAAAGAGCGAGACGUGUUUGGAACGGAACGGAGUAAAAUGAAUGCUGGGGCGACGGCAACGCCGACGCCGACGGUAGCGGUGGCGUAGCCGUCGAUUCGAUACAGUCAAUUAACUCUCGACGCUCUAUUAGAUUUAAAGAGCGGUUGUUUUCAAUGGACACUCGCGAAAUGAGAUAGUACUCGAAUCGGGCCCAGCAGCUUGGCAAGAUUACCAGUAGUCGAGAAAUCGGUGGCUGGUUAAGACGGAGCCAAUUAAAAGUGACGGUCGUUAACCGAUAACUUUUACGACAGACGAGACGCCGCGGAAACACUCGUGUAACGUACAAACACGAUGGCCGUCGCUGUUCCGAAAAAAUUUCGACAUCGAUGUUGGCGUCGUUUCAUAGCGGCCGCUCAUCUCUGCGCAACCAUCAUGUGGCUCGAUGGAAUUUUGAGCUGUGACGGGCAAAAACCGAUAAAUCUCGGCGGCGCGAAAAGACGAGACGUUUACAUCGCUGGAUUCUUUCCGUACGGGAACCACGUGCCCGAGAGCCACGUUGGUCGCGGCGUUAUGCCUUCGGUGAAGCUCGCUGUAGAUCACAUCAACGAGGAUCCUGCCGUGCUGAGAAACUACCGACUGCACAUGUGGUGGAACGAUACAGAGUGCAAUGCAGCCGUCGGCGUAAAGGCGUUUUUCGACAUGAUGCACAGCGGACCGCACAAAGUGAUGCUGUUCGGAGCAGCUUGCACGCACGUCACGGAUCCUAUCGCCAAGGCGUCCAAGCAUUGGCGUCUCACGCAGCUUAGUUACGCGGACACGCAUCCAAUGUUUACGAGCAAUAGCUUUCCGAACUUUUUUCGAGUGGUGCCAUCCGAGAACGCGUUCAACGCUCCCCGCGUAGCGCUUUUGAUACACUUCAAUUGGACCAGAGUUGGUACGAUUUACCAAAACGAGCCAAGAUACGCCCUAGCUCACAAUAGAUUGGUCGCCGAUUUAGACGCCAGCAAAAUGGAGGUGGUGGAAACGCAGAGCUUUGCCACGGAGGUAACGACAGCCCUCGAGAAACUGAAGGAAAAGGAUGUUCGAAUAAUUUUAGGAAAUUUCAACGAAAUCUGGGCUAGACGAAUAUUCUGCGAGGCGUACAAAUUUGGUAUGUUUGGGCGAAAAUAUCAAUGGGUAAUCAUGGGAACGUACGCGGAGGAGUGGUGGCUUCGACCUGGAGGCGGUUGCGCUCCCACGGAACUUUCCGAAGCACUUCACGGUGCCAUUUUGACUGAUCUGCUCCCGUUGACGACGGAACAACGUUACACGGUAUCCGGGAUCACUCCGAAGCAAUAUCAGGCCGAGUACGACUCGAGACGGGGCACCGAGUAUUCGAGAUUCCACGGAUACACGUACGACGGUAUAUGGGCGGUUGCUCUGGCGAUCCAGCACGUGGCGCGCAGGAUAAGACACUAUCGUCGCAAUCAGACCAUAUCGGAUUUCAGAUACAGAGACGCGCUCUGGGAGAAGCUUUUCCUCGAGGCCCUCAGGAAUACCAGUUUCGAGGGAGUGACGGGGCCUGUACGUUUCUACGAUAACGAACGAAAGGCAUACAUUCUGUUAAAACAGUUUCAAAGCGGUAGCGAAGUCAAGGUUGGGGAAUUCGAUGGCGUAACCGAGAUGUUGGACCUGACCAGGGGUGAGCCUUUGGUUUGGAGAGGACGGUCACCGCCGAAAGAUCGAACCCUUCAUAUCACCGAGCACACCACCGUAAAUAUUACGAUUUACGCGGUGCUAGCAUCGGCGGCUAGCGUGGGUAUAGUCAUGGCGGCCAUUUUUCUCGCCAUCAAUAUUAAAUACAGAAAUCAAAGAUACAUAAAAAUGUCAUCGCCGCAUUUAAACAACCUCAUUAUCGUCGGAUGCAUGCUGACCUACAGCAGUGUAAUUUUCCUUGGGUUAGAUUCACAGCUGUCCAGUGUAACUGCAUUUCCGUAUAUUUGCACCGCGAGAGCAUGGUUACUGAUGGCUGGUUUCUCGUUGGCCUUUGGUUCCAUGUUCUCGAAAACAUGGCGGGUACAUUCCAUCUUCACCGACGUUAAGCUGAAUAAAAAGGUCAUAAAGGAUUACCAGUUAUUUAUGGUGGUCGGUGUAUUGUUAGUUAUCGAUUUGGGGAUUAUGACAACGUGGCAGGUUGCGGACCCAUUCUACAGGGAGACCAAACAAAUGGAACCCUAUCCACAUCCUUCCAGCGAGGAUAUCAUCAUAAUACCGGAAAACGAGUACUGUCAGAGUAAUCGGAUGACUGUCUAUUUAGGCUGUAUAUAUGCGUACAAAGGACUGUUGAUGAUAUUUGGCGCUUUUUUGGCAUGGGAAACGAGACACGUCAGUAUACCGGCACUGAACGACAGCAAGUACGUCGGAAUGAGCGUGUACAACGUCGUGAUCAUGUGCGUCACCGGGGCAGCUAUAAGCUUCGUGCUGGCUGACAAGCAAGACGCCAUGUUCAUAAUGUUGGCGGUGUUUAUAAUAUUCUGCAGCACGGGUACUCUGUGCCUGGUUUUCGUACCGAAGCUGAUAGAACUCCGAAGAAAUCCUCAAGGCGCGAUAGACAAACGAAUCAGAGCUACUCUGAGGCCCAUGUCGAAGACGCGGAGAGACUCGAGCAUGAGCGAACUGGAAGAACGUCUGAAAGAGGCUACGCUGGCGAAUCAGAAAUUUCGUAAGCAGCUGCUGGAGAAAGAUUCGGAACUUCAGAUGUUCGUAAGACGACUCGACGAUCAAGCUGCCUUGGACACCCAAGAAGCGAUGGACAGACUGACGGUUCCGCGGCAAGAGGCAACAAUAAAGAAAGAGGGUUUGUCCGUCAAUACGGAGACGACCGAUAUCUCGAUAUCAAUGUGCAGCCUCAACUCGACGACCACUUCUCAGCCGGAAGCCGAUUACGCGAACGCGACCAUCGUCGAGCAACAAGCCGCAAAGAAGAAGACGUCCUUUUCAAAAGUUCCGGGUAUCGCCAUCGACGGUGAACGGGUGCCUCUGGUGCCGCAGGCGGACGGCCGAGCCGCCGCCGACAAGGGAGCCAAUGAUAACGCGUCGUUCGGGCCAGCCUCGGCCGUGAAACACGGGACCGAGGAAUCGGCUCGUAGGAGAAGUCGUUCCGGGAAAGAAACCGAACCUCUGAUCGAGAGAAGCCCAGAGUCACGUACAGACGGCAAAACCAACGUUGAAUUCGUACCGGAAAUCGUCGAGGAAGGCGACGCCGUAAUUCUCGAAGAGACCGAGAUCCCUAGACACGGGAAAUCGGUGAGAUGCAGAGACGAGCGCAGAUCGAGACAUCAGACACCGUUACCUGGCAAAAACGUUUCCUUUGGCGAACUUCACGAGCAAAAUUACCUAGAGCAAUCCAUAUUGCCUCCUCCGUUGCAGUUUGUAGCGAAACAUCGACAUUCCGGUGAGUACCUACGCGAUCGGGAACUCUUGUACGAGAUCGCACGAGACAGAGGUUCAACGACCACGUCCUCCCAUCAAUCGCUCAAGAGAAGAUCGUCCGUGAAGAACAACGGAAUGGCCCAUUCUCAUCACGAGCUGUUUCAAACUCGACGAACGAGCGUGCCGGUCAACUCGAUCAGCUACAUUUCGACCGAGAACGUAUCAAAGUCCGAGAGAAUGGAAGUGUCUCUGGGCUCGUUGGACAAAUCGUACGUGAUCGGCGAGUGCGGGCACAGACGAGCGCUGUUGGGCGUAACCGGUUACCGUUGCGAAAAGCACGCCGGUCAUGGACACUCUCGCGCGACGUACAACGGUUCGGCCGAGACACCACCCGCGCCGAGAAGACAACGGAAGCACUACGAUUCGCAGAACGCGAGCUCGCCGAGCGUGCCCGCGGUCGUCAGCGCGAGUUACUCCGACACGGAGAAAUGCGACGAAUCCGUCUCGACGAUCAUUCAACGAUCAGUGUCCGAGAGAUCGCGAGAAACGUGUCCACGUUUAAGGAGCGAGCACAACGCGACGACCGAGUGUCCUCACCGUGCCGCUCGAAGGAUACGAGAAUGCAGGCACACAGAGUCCAAGCUUCGACAACAGGCGCGACUAGAGUACGUGCAGAGCACACCGAACGUGGCUACCAUUCACAACAACAAAUUCGCAAGUGCGAAUCCACGCGGAGGAGGAGGAGGAGGAGGCGGUAGUGGAGGCGGUGGCGGCGGUGGCGGCGGUGGGGUUGGCGGUGGCAAUGGCGGGACAGGAAACGACGUCGGUAUCGAUAUCGGUAUCGGUAUCGGUAUCGGUAUCGGCGUACCAGGAACAAGAAACGCCGUCAGAGUGGCUGGAUCCGUAGCCACGAGUUCGGACGUUGUCGGUGGUUCAACGAUCAACGUCUCCAAGAUGUACAGUGCUGUGUCGGACGGCGAGUUGCUGGAUCUAACGAUUCUUCCGAUCUUUCAGAAGCUGCUCACCGAGAGACACAAGAGCUCGUCGAGAGGCGGUUACGGGGCCAGCGUACGCAGCUGUCCAAAUAUAUCCAUCAAAUGCGACAUCGUCGAGUAUCUUUAACGAUCUUCCAACACGUAGUUUGGAAUUACGCGCGGUAUCGGUGGUACGGGCUUCUAGUAUCUGUCGCGAAAGAAAUGUAUCGCCCGUCCGAUGUGGAUCAUCGUUUCCUUAUUCUCGAACCGUGAUUAUCGAAUUGGUAAAGUUUGUUCGUUUGUAAACUGUGUCUAGCAACGCAACCGCCUAAGCGUAUUCGUACGUAAAAAUUCGUAUCCAAAAAGUUUCGGUUACGUCACCGUAACCGUAACCGUAACCGUAAUCGUAACCGUAACCGUAACCGUAACCAUCGUUGUUGCAACCGAACACCGAUUAGAUAGUCUCGCGUUCGUAUAAACGCGUUCGUACAAUGCGUUACGUAAUUUAAUAACGUACCGUCGAGUCAUCCUGUCCCGUCGGCGUCGUUCGGAACCGUAGCCAACUAUGUACGUAUACGAGGCUGACGCAUUUCCACGUACCGCGUAAUACUCUCGCUAGAUCUCGAAUAAACAGUUUUUGAUAUAAGCGAACUUUUAACCUAAUACGUAUUCGAAAGAAAAGACGAAAACCUGGACGAGGAUGCCGGCCGGCCCCCCUUUCUACAAAGCUCGAUAAUUUCUAUUCUUCGUUGAAAUCGACGAACCGAACCGAACUUAGCUAACU